AUGUCAAAUCGACGGACUCUCCAAGAUGAUUCAGAGGUAAGAUACCAUCGUUUCCAAGUUGACUCGUUUAGCUUAUUACGAAAAUCAAAGAGCAUUAUGAAGGGUUAGAGAGCCGGAUGCGCAGUUUGGAUGAGAAGACGCGAGAUUUAUUCUUUGAUACGGAGCUACUUUACAAUGGAUUGGAAGAUGCCAACAAUAAAAUUUUAUUACUAAAGAAUGUUAAAUAUGUCAAAGAGGUAUGUAGUUUUGAUUUUUAUUGUCUUUGAUGUUUAGGUACAGGUGGCGAAUUUUCCAUGCGUUCUUUGUUUUUGGGAUUUUUUUAGGCAUUUAUAUUGCUUGUGAUCGUUGAAAAAUGAAUCACAAGUUUUUUUUUAGUCCAAUGCUAUUUUUAGAUAAUAUUGGACGAUGUUGUGGACAAUCGUUCAAUUCGAAGUCACUUAUCCCAACCUCAACCACAAGACAGGCAGGAAGAACGAACUGACCAGAUGAUAUCAAUUCUGAAAACGGCUGCCCGUAAUGGUAUGGGGAUGGUGAAUCAACGGGUAACCGAAGUGGAUGUUCCGAGAAUCGAAGGGACUUCUUCUGAACUUCUACCCAAGAAAAUGUAUGAACCUUUGAAUCCUUACUGCCUAAAUGAACUUCCACCUCUGAUAGGAACCAAUGAAUUUUUGAAUUGGGACUAUAGCCUGGUUGAGGAGGAGGAGCAGAAGAAGCCAGAGUUUAGUGAGGUGGUUGUGAAGAGGACGGAGACGUUGAGUUCAUUGUGAGUAAAACAUGAUUGAAGCCGAUCAGAUUUGAGGACAACUUUUUAUCUUUUUUGUUUCAGACCAUCUCAACGUACGAUGGAUAAUGAGCGAGAUUCUCAGCCGACCCUGGCCGAGCUCCCAUCGUCUUCUUCCUUAUUCAUUCCCACUUCUAAUCUUGCCCAUGACAGUCGAUCUCCACUCUUAUCCGUAUCUAAAGAGGCCACAUUCUUUGAAGAUAACGAUUUUGAGUAAGACUCGUUUUCAUUGUUAAUUUCGAAUUUUAGGGAGAAAGAUAUUGUCGUUAACAAGGAGCCGGAAACUCCGAAACAAACAGUUUUGAAUCCUCAGAAGAGCGUUAAAGAUGAGAUCGAAGCUCUGUUUAAAAGGAGAAGUCGAGCAACACGGUAUGGGCUUUUGACUUUGACAUAUUGCUAUUACGGUAGCGGAUGUUAGUUUAAAUGUUUUAAGGUCGUCAUCAGAGAGUAGUGGACAUGAAGAAGAUGCUGUGCCACCUCCAUUACCUCCAAAGUCUGUUCAAAUUGGAGUGCCCACACCUCCCCCCGUACCUACUCGACUUCCUAAGAAUAGUCCUACGCUAGUUCCGAACUUAUCGGAUGGUCCGUUAAAAGAAACGGAGGUUGCUAAAGCAAUAUCAAAAGAUGAGGUCCUGCCGUCGACGGAUUUUAUUAAAGAUGUACUUUCCGUGAAGACUCUGGAGAAGAUGGAAAAGAAGGAUGAAGACAAGCCAAAGAAGGUCGUUGCAAUUAAAGAAAAUAUACAAGUAAAGGAUGCGGUAAUUGAAAAGGGGGAAGCCGAAAAGACAGCGGUCAAAAAUGAGAAGACGACAAAGAAAGAAGGGACCAAACCAAAGUCUUCAAUUGUAAGUGAAUUGAUAUGUUUUUCAUGCUGUAUCCGUAAAAUAAGGGUUGUUUUUGUCUAGAUUUUGAAGUUUUAUUGUGCUCAAAGUAAUGACAUUAUUUCAGUUUUCGGACGACUCCGACGAUUCUUUCGACAAGGUCUUCAACGUGAAGCCGCGCCAACCCGAGCCGAAGCCCUCAACCUCCAUCCCAACCUCUAUCUCGACAUCCAACCCGAGUCGGAGGGCGGCAAAUCAGCCGGAAGAGGAGGCUCGGAAAGAACGGAGGAAAAUUACGUCAAAGGUGAGGGAUAUUUGCUUUACUUUUCAGCUGAUCUUUAUAUUUUUCCUGUUUUGACUCGCUUUUUGCGAGGUCGAAUUGAAAUGACGGAGGUCUUUUUGAAAUUGAUGAAGUUAGGGGGUCAUUAUGUAUUUUACGGAUCUGUGGACGGGACUUGGUUUACCUUUUUUAAUGGUUUAGGAGUUUUCUGUCAGUUUUGUAACAUACAGUAAGAAAUGGUCGCAAAUUUCUGGGUAUCUCGAAUUAUCUUGAAAACUUAGUCAUACCGUUUGCUUAACGUGGUUCCAAAUUAAUGAGAAUUUCACCAGAAAAAAGGUUUACUUUCCAUUACUGAAUACUACCAUUGGUUUGCAAAUAGUUGGAUCACCUGGCUUCUUGUUGUCCUCCCCAAAAAACAAGUGUGUAAUGACGUGUCCGGGCACUGUCUAAUGAGUGAAAGACAAAGACCCGUCAUCCGAGCCGCCCGUUUUCACUAGUCGGAACUCAAAACCUUGACUCCCACCUUGAUCGCCCUCCAUUCCCACGUACAAAUCCCCGUGGAAAUUACAGUUAAUUCGGGUGGUUCUUCGACUGCCUAAUUGAGCUCACGUUUAUGGGUAAAUUAUUUGGGAAGAGAUCGCUUGUUUUCGAGGAAAUCUUCUAGGAUAAGAUUAGCGAUGGGAUUUUUAGUUGAAUUUUUAUGAGAAAUUGAAGUCCUUUUUCCCUUGAUUAAAGUUUUUAUGACCGGAACCAGGUCCAAAUGUUUCGCUAAUGACCUCACUCUAAUCCCGGCUCUCUUAAUCCCCUCGAAAUCCCCGAAAAAUGUUUAUUUAUUAUGAUUCUUUGGCCGAAACCGGCAUCUCUUUUUCAUUCCAAUUUCCACUUUGGCCAACACUCGAAAUGAUCUCCAAUUUAUUCCUCGGGACUUUCUUCCUCUUGUUUUAUGUUUGGAGGUUUGAAAUUCGAAUAAAAGGCGUUCCCCACCACCCCUCUGGGGAUCUCAUUUCCACUUUCAAACGUCUGAUCUCGUGAGAUUUAUUUAUCCCGAGGCCAUAGCUCGGCAAGGUGUGGGCCAUCCGAAAAUUUUAUAUUGAAGGGUUCGGACACGUUUGAUCGAGUGCUCUUACGGCUUUCAUCCAGGUUUAUAAACUCGUGUGGUUUCCCAAUACUUGCAUUUUAAUGGGUCAUUGUGACUAAAAAAGAUUAUUUGGAAAUUUCUUGUCUUAGAGAUUGUUGUCGUUGAAGCUCAGCAGUUUCGCUGUAGUUUUAAAUUUAGCGCUGCUAAAGGAGUUGCAUUAUGCAUGAGCAGGAGCGUUGUCAUGGAGGAUUUAGAGGGUAUACCUAAGUGGCCAAAUCCUUUGGGAAGCAAAGGGAACCUCAUUAUUGUCGGAUUAGUCCAAGUUUCAUGGAUAUUGGGCACUGCGCUGUCUCAAAGAAACUUAGCCCAGGAAGGUAACUUCGGACUUUCGUGGUUCUUUUUGUAGAGGAACACUUGACUCAAACUGCACAGGGAGGAACACUUGACAUUUUCUUCGAAAAAAUGAGAACUUUUUCUCGAGAAAGUUUUGGCCAGAUUUUGUUGUCCCACAGACGUCUUGAACGUCGUCCUUGUGAUCCAUCAUCAGAAAUACGUGGUUUUAUGAGCUGAGCAUCUGUCCCCGCAUUUAAAUUAUCAUGGAGAAUGUAAUAAUAUCAAGGCCAUUAACUCCGGGUUAUGACCGUUGAAUUCUUUUUAUGCAUUCUCCAGAAUUAGGUCAGGGACUGGUUGCGGUGUUGUUUCUACUCGCACGGAAACAAUGAAGCAACCUUUCUGGAGGUCCAAUUACCCAUUUUCACUUUCGUUUUUUUUUUGGUUUUUUUUUCUUCGAUCGAGAUAGGUAUUCACUGGGAACUAUAAUGCAUUUAGAUGGCGUUGUGUUGUUUUUUAAAUUCAAUUUUAGUUCGAUGAGAUGGAUUUUGAUUUUUCACAUUUACCUUCGCAUUAUCCUUGUUGUUUUCAGGUGCGCUCCCUCUUUGACGAUAGCAGCUCAGACGAGGACCUCUUUCUAACCUCGGCCCACUCGGUUACCAAACCCAACGUUCCAGCCAGUUCAUCCAAGGAACCCAAGAAGAAUUUGUUUUCCGAUUCAGACGAGGAACAGGUGCAGGUAAACAAAGAAGAGUCUGGAGGGGAAGAGUCCGACGAAGACAUGCCCAAAACUGUACUCAACUCGGUCCCAAAUGACUUCUCCAACCGAUUAAAUGCUGCAUUGCUCAGGAAACCACCACAACCGGUAUGUUGAUCACCUUUUGAGGAAUUCUCUACGGGAAUUCUCUAGAAAGAAUUGUUGCCAAAAGAAAGGAUUCUGUAUUUGUCGUUGGUCAGACAUAAGUGUUGGGAUUCUGUAGUGUUUUGGGUUGGCAGAAAGAUAUGUUUUAUUUUCUUUUUGCAUGCACAUGUUUCAAUUCUUCAGGGCAUAUGGCGUUCCAAAAAAGAUUAGGAUUGAAGAUAAUGGAUCGUUUUAUAUAUAGUCUACUUCAAUGCACCUUACGUGAUGUAUUGAGGAGGAGUAAGCGGAUAUAUGGCUAUAACAGCCAUAUAUCCGGAUAUAUGGCUAUAACAUGAUUGAUGAAACGAAAAAUUUAUAAUAUUCUUGCUAGAAAUUAGCCAUUUAACACUGCGUAAUUUUCCAGACUUUCAUCCCUAAAUUGACCGAUCCGGAUCAAGUGUCGGUGAAGUCAACAUCCUCUCCGAAGGCAGCUCAACCAAUCGAUCAUGGACCCCAGAAGUCUGUCUCGGCCUUGAGAAAUCAGCUGGGAGACUCACUUACAAAGAUUCAUGGAAGUAAAUUGGGGGUGAAGACAGAAGAAAAGAAGGAUACGAUCCCGUCUAGGUCUCCCACUCCUCCAAAACUGCCAUCGCCUUCUUCCCAGCCAUCAACUCCAGGACAGAUGAACUUCAGUGCUGUUAAGGUGAGUGUCAUGAAUUUUAUUUGGUUUAUAUUAUACAUUCCAUAUGUAAUAAAAAUUAUUGUUUUUUUUCUCUUUAGGCUCGUCCUCGUGGACCAGGCGGACGUCGUCCUCCCCCUCCAGCGCAAACGGCAGCCCCUGCACAAGCGACUCCCGUGCAAAAGCCACCAACUUCUACGUCAACUACACCUAAAACAACGCCUUCCGCGUCGACAAAAAAACCUGCCAAGAGUUUAUUUGAAUCUGAUUCGGAUGAUCCCUUCUAA